GCCGCAAUGAGCCCCUGAAGAAGGAGUGUCCCAAGUGGAAGAGUGACUACCCCAUGACAGACGGGCAGCUGCGCAGCAAGCGGGACGAGUUUUGGGACACAGCACCAGCCUUUGAAGGCCGCAAGGAGAUCUGGGAUGCCCUGAAGGCAGCUGCCUAUGCUGUAGAAGCCAAUGACCACAGCCUGGCCCAGGCCAUCCUCGAUGGAGCCAGCAUCACCCUGCCCCAUGGGUCCCUGACGGAGUGCUAUGAUGAGCUGGGCAACCGGUACCAGCUGCCCGUCUACUGCCUGGCACCCCCGGUCAACCUGAUCCUGGAGCGGAGCGAGGAGGAGGCAGUGGAGCCGGCCGAGCCGCCGCCCCACGCCCGGCGGGAGUUCACGCUCAAGGUGCGCCUCUCCACCGGCAAGGACCUGCGCCUCAGUGCCAGCAUGAGCGACACCAUCGGGCAGCUGAAGAAGCAGCUGCAGGCGCAGGAGGGCAUUGACCUGGCCUGGCAGCGCUGGUUCUUCUCAGGCAAGCUGCUCACCGACCGCACGCGACUGCAGGAGACCAAGAUCCAGAAGGAUUUUGUUGUGCAAGUGAUUGUCAACCAGCCCCUUGCACCCAGGAACUGAGCCACCCCCUGCUGGUUGAGGGGAGAGGGCAGGGGGCUGGGGGAUGUGGUACCUCUGGGAGUUCCCUGUGCUGUGUUCUGGCCCAUCUGGAGCUGUUCCUGCUCCCCCCUGAGGCUGCCACACAGGUGACCCCCCAGGAAGGUGUGCAUGGGGCUGUGCCACCACAGUGGCUCCCCUUGGCCGGGGACACGGGCAGGCGCCGUGUUUGCUGAAGGAGGUUCAAGACCAAACGUCUCUGGGGCUGGGGCUCCUCUGCCAGGCUGUGCCGGCAGGGAGAGGCUGUGACCCACUGGGCUCUGGCUUCCCCCUGGCCUGGAGACCCGUGGGGUGCUGGGCUGGGUGGAGAUGUCUCCCCUCUGUACAUAGUCUGUAUUUAUCAAUAAAGCCUUUUCAUCCUUCCUCUGGCCUUGGGGACAGGCUGGAGGGGGCUGUGACCCAUA